AUGGUUGUGAAGCGAAAAAGAGAAACCACGGUGGUUUCCAAGCCACAACUUAAGGAGGACAGCCCUCCUCCCGUGGACAAUGCGCAGGACGUAUUCCGCAGAUUAUUUGAAGCACAAUUCGAGCCAAUUGAUUUGCCAAACUCUACCGCCAAACCUUCAGACCCCGAGGACAAAGAAAACGACGACGAUGAGGGCUCUGAUAUCUCUGGAUCAGAAGGCGAUUGGGAUGGGAUGUCCGAUGUCAGCGAGGAGAGCAACCAAGUCGAGGUGGUCGAACAUACAGAUACUCGCGCCGCACCAGCAGACAGAAUGGAUAAGAAGACUUGGAAGGCGUUUAUGAGUGGAAAAGUAUUGUCCUCUAUAGAUCAGCCAAGCACCAACCCGGAACCUUCAUCCAAAAAGGAGGAAGAGGAAGACUCACACGACGCUCUGAACCUCAAACACGAUCUUGCAUUACAACGACUACUCAAGGAGUCCCACCUUCUUGACUCUGCUGAUGACCUUGCGCCCACUGGAAAGAACCGUUUGAAAGCUUUGGAUAUGCGCAUGCAAUCUCUCGGUGCCAAGACCUCGCUAUAUGCGCAAAAGAACAUGCCCGAUUCGCACAGACGAGGCAUCAAUGCCAAGGCCGCAACAAAGGAUGAUAAGCGGCGCCGAGAGGCGAAGGAGAACGGCAUCAUUCUCGAAAAGCCUAGCAAGGUAAUCAAAUCGAGCAAUAGCGGACGCCGAGACCGCGGACUUGCAGGAUCCUCCGUGGGCAAAUUCGCAGGAGGUACCUUGAACCUGAACAAGGACGACAUCGCUCGCGUUCAAGCUUCAGGGCGCCGUAUGAUGGGUGGUAGAGGCAAGGGCAAAUCCAGAGGAGGCCGAGGAGGCGGUAGGGGUGGCAGAGGCGGCAAACGUUAA